AUGGGUUUACUUGAAGAUUUCCCGAAGGAUCCAUUUACGCCCAGCUUGCCUUAUGCGGCGGCCGCGCAGCUUCCAGUCACCAUGCCCUGGGGUGGAGACAUUCUCCGACUGGGUACACCCCUGAUAAUUGGAAGUCGGCCAGAGGAGACAAAGUUCCUCGAAGAUCGAAGUGCCUUUGCCCCUGAAUCACUGCGCAAAAGCUCCCUUGUCUUUCAAAGCUCCUGCCAGGGUACAGUGACCAGAUCAAGCACCAGCUCCGCAGCAGAAAGUCACGAGCACACCUCAUUUUCGCUUCAGGCGCAAGUCGGCGGGUCUGUGAUCGGCGUGUCCGGACGCGCAAACUACGAAGCUCGAGUGGCGACCAACCGGCAUGCCCAAAACGCUAGCUUCCGUGCAGAAUACCAGGCUGGGCGCAUUGGCUUUGACGAACCCCCGCAUCUUUCAGCCGACGCCCUUGCUUUGCUCCAUAAUCGCGCCGACCCGAAUGCGUUCCGAGCCAAGUAUGGGGAUUACUAUGUUGGGGCUUAUCUACUUGGUGGCGCUAACUCGCAGCUGCUCUCAUGCACCGCCAUGGGUGCCUCGUCCUCCAAAGAUAUGAGUGCUCAAGUUACGGGGAAAUUCCUAGGGUUCAAGAAGACAAAGAACUUUGAAGAACAUGAGCAAGCAGAGGUCGCAAUGGGGCAAUAUGAACUGGUCGCAUAUGAUUCCCUCAAUGCCUGGGAGUGCAAUCAAAAAGGGGGUAACGAGCAGGCAAAUCUAGAGCUCGUGGCUCAAGCGAACUAUGAUCGAUGCAGCACCCUUGUCAAUCGCGUGGCUGCCAAGGUGGAGGCGCUGCAGCUGCAGCAUGGCUCACGCGUACCCUGGGAUAGCUGCGAGGCUAUUUGUCGCGAUCAUUUGGUGGUCCAGGUCUUGUUGCUUCCGUAUGCCAAAGUGAAGGAGUAUGCGUCGGCUGUUUUGUCCGUAGCAGAGCUUCCCCAGCUGAGCUGA